AUGGCGUGUCUGCCGCAGUCCGAUGCUGAUCUGAAAAAACAGAUCACUAUCCGUGGAAUCGCCCAAGUUGGCGACGUAGCCGGAAUCAAGAAAAGUUUCAAUCGGCAUUUGCAUUUCACUCUGGUGAAAGACAGAAAUGUUGCCACCCCAAGAGACUACUUCUUCGCCCUGGCACACACUGUCAAGGACCACUUAGUUGGCCGUUGGAUCCGAACUCAACAGUAUUAUUAUGAAAAGGAUCCCAAGAGAAUCUACUAUAUCUCUCUGGAGUUCUACAUGGGUAGAACCCUGUCUAACACCAUGGUCAACUUGGGCAUCCAGAAUGCUUGUGAUGAAGCCAUGUACCAGCUUGGCCUUGAUAUUGAAGAACUGGAAGAAGUCGAGGAAGAUGCUGGUCUUGGUAAUGGUGGUCUUGGACGUUUAGCUGCCUGCUUUUUGGAUUCCAUGGCAACACUCGGACUUGCAGCCUAUGGUUAUGGUCUUCGCUAUGACUAUGGAAUCUUUGCUCAGAAGAUCGUCAAUGGUUGGCAGGUUGAGGAACCAGAUGACUGGCUCCGUUAUGGCAACCCCUGGGAAAAAUCUCGCCCAGAAUACAUGUUGCCAGUAAACUUCUAUGGCCGUGUUGAGCAUACAGAAAAGGGUGUCAAAUGGGUUGAUACACAGCUUGUAUUUGCUCUUCCCUUUGAUAAUCCUGUCCCUGGCUAUGGCAAUAAUACUGUCAAUACUCUGCGUCUUUGGUCUGCCAAGGCUCCCAACAGCUUCAGCUUGAAAUUUUUCAACAGUGGUGAGUAUAUCCAGGCUGUUUGUGACAGGAACUUGGCUGAAAACAUCUCAAGAGUCUUGUAUCCAAAUGACAACAUCUUUGAAGGUAAAGAAUUGCGUUUGAAGCAGGAAUACUUCCUUGUUGCUGCAACUCUGCAAGAUGUCAUCAGGCGCUAUAAAUCUUCUCGAUUUGGUUGCCCUGAUGCUGUACGCACUUCUUUUGACAGCUUCCCUGAGAAGGUGGCUAUUCAGCUAAAUGACACUCAUCCAUCUCUUGCUAUUCCUGAACUAAUGAGAAUACUUGUUGAUGUUGAAGGCAUACCUUGGGACAAGGCCUGGGAUAUUACCGUGAAGAGCUGUGCUUACACUAACCACACUGUUUUACCUGAGGCCCUGGAAAGAUGGCCAGUACAUCUGAUUGAAAAUCUGCUGCCAAGACAUCUCCAAAUAAUUUAUGAAAUCAAUGCCAGAUUCUUGAAGGUGAAAUUUUUAGCUAUCCUCUCAUUGGGACUCAAAUUUUCUGUAAAAGUUUUUUCUUUGAGUUUAUCUUGA